CUCUCACUGCUCAGUGUCGCUUGGUUUCUUCGUGCCUGAGUGAGCCAGUGAGUGAAUGUGUGUGUGCGUGUGUGGGGCGAGCGCAGUGCUGGCGGCGCCCCAUGUCAUGUCUCACGGCCGCGUCCAAGAUGAGCGCGCAGAUCAUCCUGGAGGAGUUCUUCUUUAAGAAGUCCCAGCAGAAGCGCAGGACGUCGCCGUGUAACUACAAGCAGCGCUACUUCGUGCUGAGCACCGAGGACCUCACCUACUUCGAGUACCGGCCCGGGAAAAAGCCAAUUCUUAAAGGCUGCAUUGAACUUUCUCACAUAAAAUGCGUGGAGAUAGUACGCACUGAAAUGUCCAUACCUUGCAAAUAUAAAUAUCCUUUCCAGAUCCUUCAUGAUAGCUACUACCUGUAUGUGUUCGCCCCAGAUAACGACUGCCGUCAGAGAUGGGUCAGAGCUUUGAAGGAAGGGACCAAGAACAACACAUUAGCCCUUAUGUAUCAUCCAAACUUUUGGGUGGAUGGGAAGUGGAAAUGUUGUCAGCAGAAUGAGAAAAUGGCCAGGGGAUGUAUUGAGUAUGACCCAAAUGGAAACGCUUCCAAAAAGCCUCUUCCUCCAACUCCUGAUCUGCAGCGUCGAUUCUCAGACCCUGGUGAGAUGGUGGUGGUGGCUUUGCAUGACUUCAUCCCUCAAGGGGCACAAGAUAUUGCGCUUCACAAGUAUGAGGAAUACAUCGUCACAGACACAUCGGACCCCAGCUGGUGGAUGGUCCAGGACAAGAACGGGCAAGUGGGACUCGUACCAAGGUGUUACAUUGUUGAGAAGUCUGCAGACAGCUUGGAGAUAUAUGAGUGGUACAACAAAGACGUUACAAGAGCCAAGGCUGAGCAACUGCUGUUCCAAGAGGACCGAGAAGGGGCUUUCAUGGUUCGGGAUUCCAGGCACGCAGGUGUUUACACUGUCUCACUGUUGACUAAAGCCCCAGGAUCUAAUGGGGAAAACCACCCCCGAGUCAAGCAUUACCAGAUCAGGGAGACAGGGGCAGAAGAGAUCAAGUACUACCUGGCUGAGAAGUACCUGUUCAGCACUAUCCCAGAGCUCAUCCAUUACCACCAACACAAUGCUGCAGGUCUCAUUACCAGACUGAGGCAUCCCGUGUCCACAGGCAGAGAGACUGCUCCUAUGACGGCUGGGUUCUCCUCAGAUAUGUGGGAGGUGGAUCCCACAGAGCUGACGCUGGCUGAGGAGGUGGGCAGCGGACAGUUUGGCGUGGUGAUGCUUGGCUACUGGCGACAGGUGAAGGUGGCUGUAAAGAUGGUGCGCGAAGGGGCCAUGUCUGAAGAAGAAUUCAAAGAGGAGGCCCGCGUCAUGACGAGGCUGUCCCACCCCAAGCUGGUACAGCUGUACGGCGUGUGUACGCAGCAGGCGCCCAUGUACCUGCUCUUCGAGUUCAUGGAGAAUGGCUGCCUGUCUGACUACCUUCGCAGCAAGAAGGGCACCCUGUCACAGGAGACCCUUCUGGGCAUGUGCCUGGAUGUGUGUGAGGGCAUGGCCUACCUGGAGAGCACUAACUUUAUCCAUCGAGACCUGGCAGCAAGGAACUGUUUGGUUUCAGAGAGUCAGGUGGUGAAAGUUUCUGAUUUUGGAAUGACCAGGUUUGUUCUUGAUGACCAGUAUACCAGCUCCUUUGGAUCCAAGUUCCCGGUGAAAUGGUCUGCUCCAGAAGUUAUCCAUUACUCCAAGUUUAGCAGCAAAUCUGAUGUGUGGUCUUUUGGCGUGCUAAUGUGGGAGGUGUACAAUGAGGGGCGAAUGCCAUAUGAGAACCGCACUAAUGGUGAGGUGGUGGAGGCAAUUUCUGCAGGACUCAGGCUCUUGAAGCCCAGGUUGGCCCCAGAGAUGGUGUACCAACUCAUGGAGUGGUGCUGGAAGGAGAAACCAGAGGAUCGUCCUUCCUUUGCUCUGCUGUAUCAUGAGCUUGCCACUCAAGCAGAACUAUGAACUUCAGCUGAAAUCAUUUAGCUCAGAAACAGACUCUAUAAUUAUAUUUAUACUGUAUUUAUUGUCUUUGUCUGUCACUGUACAAAUUACAUGCAAUUGUAUAUGCCUGUUUAAUAAUGAGUGUGGUAGGAUCGCUCGGCGAGGAUUCGGCCAGCCUGCCGUGAGCCACUGUCUUAGAUUAUUUCAAUUAUCUGUGCAAUAUUUAUUUUUUCAGAAGUAUGCCUUAUCCUAGGGGAAUCAGUCCAUAUUGUUAAGCAUUGUGCCUUUUACUUGUUAUUUGUUUACUUUUGUUACUCCCAGCAUUUACAACAUUGAAAUUUUUGAAGUAUAUAUAUUAUUACCUUUAUGGAUUUAGGCAGUUCAUAUAAAAGUCAUUUAUACCUUGUGUUUUUGAAGUUACUUAUGAGAAAAUGUAACAGGUCUUUAUACAGCCACUGUACUGCAUGAUGCGACAGAUCUUUAUGCAUUUGCUGUAUCUUACGGUGAUCCCAUAACAAUGAUAUAAAUGGAAAAAAAAAAUCCAGUGGGUUAUAAUGAGAUUAUACAUAUUUUCUAGGUGCAGCUGAGAGAACUUCUGCUGUAUUGUACUGUAUCCAUGAGUAUUUAUGUGUGCGCUGUCCUGGCUGUACUGCCUUCUCACACUUGGUCAGCUAAAGAGAGAUUUCCCUGAUUGAUCUCUACAAAUCCACCUAACAUCCUGCUUCCACCACACAGGACAGUAGCUGCACUUUAUCCUAUAAUAUUCAGCAGAAA